AUGUCACCAAAAACUAACGACGCCCUGAAGCAUGCGUUCAAUCUUGGCAAGCAAGCUAAACUGCGUCUCAUCAAGGUCGUCGUAAGAAGUGAGGAACUCACGCCUAAUUACGAGUACGCUGGUACGGGUAACUGGAGAGACGAUUGGCGGGCUACACUUCCUGAAUGUGUUGAUGCUUUCGAACCGUGCUUUAUUCUAUUCAGGCUCAAUACUAUUACCGAAUGGAUUUUAAUAACGUUUGCCGAUGAUCGUGCACCUAUCAAAGAGAAAAUGUUAUUAGCUGCUACUCGUGCGACCUUCAAGAGUGAAUUUGGACCUUGUUAUGUUGAGCAUGAGAAACAUGUCACUGAUAGAAAGGAUCUUUCCUUGGAAUCGUUCGAAAAUUGGCUGAAGACAAAAAAUGAACUGGGUCCAAUGAGUGAAGUGGAGCAAGAACUUCACAAUGCUCAUCAAGAACGUGCAGCUGUUGCUCAUGCAGGACCGCAGCAUAUGAAGGGUGUUGCUUUUCCACUUGAUCGAAAUGCUGAAGACGCCGUUAAGAAGCUUGCAAAGGGUCAACUGGCCCUUGUUCAGUUAUCGGUAGAUACAUUGAAUGAAGCCAUAAAAUUAGAAGCAACUGAGGAAAAUCUGCCAGCACAUAAACUAGCAAGCAGAAUUCCUCGAGACAAACCACGGUAUACUUUCUUCCGAUUUCAACACGAUAGUGACGGAUUCCCGAAGUCAUCAACUUUUUUCAUUUAUUCGUUGCCAUCAUCGGGUAGCUCAAUCAAGGAACGCAUGUUGUACUCAAGUUGCAAGUCUCCAUUUUUAGAAACUGCUACAAAACAGUUAGGAAUAGAAUUAAGUAAAAAGAUGGAAGUAGAUUCUAAAGACGAUCUUUCGGAGUCAGCUCUUUUGGAGUCACUGCAUCCAGUAGAACACGAAAGCCCGAAGAUGUUCGCUCGUCCAGCUCUUCCGAAAGGAGCAGGUCCACGUCGAAUUACGAAAGUCUAA